UUUGCUACGUGGAUAACGGGUACACUCGGACUUCCCUUGCGGCGCGACGUGUACGUCAAAUCCCCGUUUACCUGACUUUACUCCAACACUGAAAGACUGAGUUUGUUUCUAUGCAUAAAAAAAUACAAUGGCUUCGACCACCAGCCAGAUAAUUCACAAGACUCAUAUGCUGAAUCACGACCAAAUGCUGGACUAUUACGCGGAUUGGGCAGAUUCCUACGAUGCGGAUGUGAAAUCUUCAGGCUAUGAGGCGCCUCGCGUAUGCGCAGAAGCUCUUGGUAAAGUGCUGUCAGAUAAGAGCGCCCUCAUCGUCGACUGUGCUGCCGGCACCGGUAUAGUGGGCGAAGAGUUAAAAAACAUCGGUUUCAAGACUAUCGAUGCCGUGGACUAUUCCCAGCAGAGUUUGGACAUCAGCGCCUCGAAAGGAGUCUACAAGCGGCUCAUUUGUAAUAAAUUUGACGAAAACAAAAUCGAGGAAAUUAAAGACGAUUCCUGCAGCGCUCUUAUUUGUGUUGGCGCUCUAUCGAUGAACCAUAUCACACAGACGGCAUUUCCUGAAUGGAACCGAAUAGUCAAACAAGGUGGUUUCAUGGUGUUCACUCUGAGCAGAGUGGAAUAUGACGAUGGUUUACCCGACCACAGACUGGUCAUUGGGAAUGGCAUCCAAGAACUUCUCGACAAAGGAACUUGGGAAUUGAUCGACAAGACGGCUAUACCUUAUCACAGUGGAUACCUGGCCGAUAUGUUCACCAUCCGCCUUAAAAACCAAAAAAGAUCUUUAGGCCUACCCUAAAUAGAUGGUCUAGUUCUUUUACGGGAAAGUAACGGUUCAAAAAAAAAUAGAAAGAAUAGAAAAUGGAGAGUCACAAAGUGGUCCGUCCUAAUCUCUUGUCAGGAAUUCAGCGUUUCACUUAGUAAGCCUAAAUAACCAAGAAAUGAAUGUCAUUUUUUUGUACAUUUUGUUUUCAAUUUCAUUUUCUUUUCAUUUGGUAAUAAUUUUUUCCUCUCAAUGGUAAAUCACAAACGAUAAAAAAGAAUACAGAUAAGAAGUUCAAGUCAAGAAGAGGAGACAAAACCUAAACACAUAAUAAAAUACAAAAACAAAAACAAGUCAACAUUUAGAAACACAAGUUAUUCAGUGUAUGUACAAGUUAUAAAUACGGGAAUGGAAUAUGCAAUGUGAAAUUCGGGCAAUGAGGAUGGAAAAUCGACAGAAGAUGAGUUAACUAGGAUUAGAUCAAAUAGAAGGUAUAAUAUUUUCAGAAGGUAUAACUUUAGUUUACGUUUAAAAGUAGUGUCUGAACUUGAUCCUUUGAGAGAAAGCGGUAAAGUAUUCCAUAUUUUAGGUCCAAAGAAUUUAAUAUUAUUUUGAAAGGCAGAUGUUCUAUGUUCCAUUGUAUACGGAAACAUAAGUUAGAUAUGCUCCAGUAUUAUAAUUAUGUAAAUUCCAAUUAUAAACAUUUGGCUGUAGGAGUGUGGCAGUAAAUUAUUUAAAAACCUAUAUACAAAUAAAACUUGUUGGUAUCUGUUAAUGUUAACAAUAUUUAAGUACUUUUGUAAAAUCGGUUGACUGUGACCCUUAAAUUAUGAAUUUGUUAUUAUUUGAAAAAAAAAUGGCAGAACAAUUACAAGUUGCAAUAAGAAAAAUAAGGAAAUAGGCCUAUGAAGUGUAAAGGACCUACACUAAUGAAGUCUAAAGGAAUUCAAGAGGAACAAUAUGUUUCAGUCUACUGAUCACUCCCACACUUCUGGAGACUUUUACUCACAAUAUGUCAUCAAUGUGAAGCUUCCAAGUCAAUUCAUCAUCAAUAAAAACACCCAAAAAUUUAAACUUGUUAACUUUUUUGACAGAUGUUUUAUCUAAUACAACUGAGUGUUAAACUUUGAUGAAUUACUGUACAUUUGUUUUGUUACUGACAAAAAUAUCAUAAUAUAUAUAUAUAAUAGCAAUGCAUCACGACGUAAUACUUUCUUCUGCGGCUAGCAUCCAACAGAGUAUUAUUGUCCUAUGUGGACAUUUUAAGCAAACUGGAAAAGGGAAAAUUGUUUUGAGAAGGAUUGUACAUGAUAAUUACUUCACAUAUUGAACGUCAAAACACGUAUGAUAAACAUUGGAUGGAAAUAAAAUGACCAAGCAUAUACGAUAUGCACAUUA